AUACAUAUAUAUAUUUAUUUAUUUAUUUAUUUAUUUAUUUUAAAUUAAAAACACGAUCCUUUUCACCCGAUUCCGAUUCUCUUGAAAAAUGGUGCGUGCGAUUGGCCUGUUUUCUGACCAGCUGAUUGGAUCGGGGACAUCCCUAAGUAAAACAGGUUUCAACAAAGCUAACAAAUGUUUUAUUUUAUAUAAAUAAAAAAUGAAGUUGGUCAUCCAUUGUGACUAUGAACUAUAUUGGUUGUGGUUUUCUAGACUUUUUUGCUGUCGCUUGACAAUAUCUCUUUAUUCUGUGAAGUUUGUUUCAGUAGUAUAAAUAUGAAUAUAUGUUGUGGAAAGUACAUACUGUAUAUACUACAUACUUACUACAUAGAUACUUCAUAUAUUAUUAUUUUUUUAAUUUUUGCAAUACCCUUUUACUUAUUUUGUUACUUGUAGCCUUUAACUAAUUCACUGCUAUUGAGACAUCUAAUCCAUUUCAAAUGGGAAGGCUGGCAUUGAGUGAUCACAUUUCACUGCCAUUGACAGCAAUAGAGGUCCAAUCCAAUUUGACUGGCUCCCAGUCGAAAUGGAUUGGGCGUCUACCGCUGUCAGUGGUAGCCAAUGAGUUAAAUUUGAAAGAAUUAAAAAAAUAAAAAAAUGUAAAAACCCGAAUGUCUGAUCCUCACAUUCAAACCUAAACAUCAUCAUAUAAAUCUGUAGUUCCUCCGUUCUGUGUUGACACCGAAUUAGUUUAAGGUACCAUGUUGGAAUUUGGAGCGCAACCCUCUUUGUCUUUGUGCAGAGAAAGAGAGAGUUUUGGGGCCGGCGGGCUGAACUCCCUGCCGGACACUUUUGCAACUUCGGGCUUUGUGCAGCAUUUUAAUGAGCUUCUCUUUCUGGGCCAGCUCCAGCUUUGGCCAAGGUUUUGUUGUCAUGUGACCCCAAUGUUUGUCAUGCAACACCAGUACUGCACCACCAGCAACAGUACAGUGUGAUGAUGGGUCAUAGUGGGCAGAUGCGAUAGACGUCCAAUAUAUUUUGACAUGUCUGCUGGCAAUGAUUUUGCUUGAUUUAUUGAAUGUUGCUUGAUUUACUGGGAUGGGGGGAGUUCAGGAAAAUGCAAUUUCUUAAGUCAUUGGCUCACAUUGAUGUCAAUAGUCGUUAGUUUUUAACAUUUUUUUGCGCCUUUUUUAAAUUAAUAAUAAAAAAAAAGAUACAUGUUUGCAAUCUUUUUUUAAGAUAAAAAUGGUCUUAAAAAAUGUAAGUAGAUAAAUAAUACAAUGAAGAUAUAUUUUUCUCACUUUUAAAAAAAUACUAUACACUAUACCAUACUAUAUUAAUACUCUACGUUACGCUCCUCUACUCUACGCGACUCUACUCUACAGGGUGACCCAAAAAAAAGUUUACACUGCCAUAAUACAACUUAAAUGCCAUGUUUAUUCAGCUUAGAAUUAGAAUUUAAUCACAAAUUAUACAUUAUUGUAAAGAACAUGUACAGUACACUCUAUUUUUCAAUGUGUCCUCCCUUAAGUGUCACAACAGCCUCCAGGCGCCUGCGGAACGCUUGACAGGUCUUCUUUAUGUAGGAUGCUGUCAUCUUUUCCCAAGAUCUAACAAUGGACCUCUCCAAGGCUGCCACAGAAAUUUGUGGCUUCUUACAGGCACUGUCCUCCACAGUUGCCCAUAUGCUAUAAUCCAGGGGAUUGAUAUCUGGGCUCUGGGGUGGCCACAUAUCACCUUGUCAAUCAACUUUUUGGUCCGCACAGAUCGGCACUUCCAGACCCAAGUUUUCGUGAGGCUGUUCCAGUAUCUUUCAGCUUCUUUUUAACUUUGUAGACUGCACAUCUGGAUAUUCUCAGAUUUGCUGCAAUCUCAGUAGGUGUCAGACCGGCACGCAGCAAUUCAGGUACAGCUAAAGUUUUCUUCAUUUUCAGCAGAAGCACAGGAAUUGUAGAGAUGAGAGAUUACCAGCUGCAUUGAGUGACCUUAAUGAAUCACUUAAGCAUGACAACCUAUUUAGAUAUGUUUCAAUGGCUUUUAAACAAGCAGUCAACUGAGUGUAAACUUUUUUUUGGGUCACCCUGUAAACCCUUGGCAACAAAAGUGAGUACACCCCUUAGUAAAUACGUACAUCCCUAAAUGUCCAAAAUGAGUACUGCAACAUUUGUAACACAACAGCUCUGUAGGUAACAGGCUGCAGAGAGGAGUGAUAUUUUUCCCAUCGGUGUGUUUAUGUCGUAGCCAGCAGCAAGUAUCCACAGUUUUUAUUGUUCCUCGUUCUUCAUAGGGAAUUUGUGGAAACUCUCAUUUGCCCAUUUCUUCUGUCUGUUUUUUCAGCCUCUAAAUGCACUAUGUUGCCGUUCUUCAGUCAACUCUAUAGACUGAUGCUGAUUUGAGUAAGGUGGGAAGUCGGAGUUUUUCGACCUCCGACCAGGAAAAAUAUGAUUGGAACACCAUUGGAAUUGGGAGGUCCUAGUCACGAAGUCAGGAAAAAAAGUAGCUCAACUUCACGAGUUGCUUUAAUCAGACUUGACUCGACAAAAUGCGCUGCCCAACGAAAAGCAGACCGUCAGUAGUUAAACUAAUGAAGGUAGUUUACAGUGUGGUAUAUUUACCUUAGCCGUCGUUUUUCCUCUACUAUUUGAUUGCUUACGAGAAGACAGGUUUGCUGGAGGUCAACAUGUCUUUCGAUGGUCAAAAUAAAAAACGCUUGGCACGCUUUAAGGUCACAACUGGUACCAUCCGAGUGCGAUAAGUCAGACUUUCCACGUUCCUCGAAUGCAGCUUGAGCACGAGUGGCUGAAGCACUCCUCCCGAUUGUUGAUCGCAUUACGAAUCUAAAGAAAGAAUCCCGCAGAAAUAAAUGAAUUACGGCAGUUUGGUGUGACAUUGUUUUGGACGCAUGGGUAUUUUGAACAACGAUCUGCAUUUUGAAUUUAUUUGACUAUGUUAGAUCUGGUAAUAUCGUUUUUUUAUUGCUCUGCUAGGAAGGCACCAUUGACUCGCGCUAGCUUAGCCACUCCGGAGCCCUGAAAUUAAUUAAAAAACUAAAAAAAAAUAUGGAAUUUAUUGAAAUCAACUCCGCCGACUAAUUAAACUCAAAGGUUAAGCCUAAUGUCAAAAAUUCUGAAGUUCCCCUUUAACAAAUUUCGUUCAUAUAGCUUUUCCCCAUAAAUAGUCAUAUACUGCAUAUUAACAGCAGAUAUAUAGAUAAAAAUGUAAAAUACUUACAGACAUAUAGUUUCCAAAACGGAAAUGUAACAGAAAGCUCUCAACAGCGUCAAUGUGACCGACAGGCUGUUUACUGUGAAAGUUAAUGAGCAUGGGUUCCAAACGGCAUCACACAAUGGAUGCAGUGAGUUAUUAUGACCAUAAGGUGGCAGUAACGUACUGUAAAAUGUUAACUGGCUCUAAACACUGGUGACUCUAGCCAGCACAGUGUUUUUUCAAAAUUAUACAUAGUAGGGCUGACAAACGAUUACAAUUUUUAAUCGAGUUAAUUACAGCUUAAAAAUUAAUUAAUCGUAAUUAAUCACAAUUCAAACUAUCUAUAAAAUAUGCCAUAUUUUUCUGUAAAUUAUUGUUGAAAUGGAAAGAUAAGACAAAAGACGGAUUUAUACAUACAACAUACGGUACAUAGGUACUGUAUUUGUUUAUUAUAAUAAUAAAUCAACAAGAUGGCAUUAACAUUAUUAACAUUCUCUUAAAGUGAUCCAUGGAUAGAAAGACUUGUAGUUCUUAAAAGAUAAAUGUUAGUACAAGAUAUAGAAAUAUUAUAUUAAAACCCCUCCUAAUGUUUUCGUUUCAUUGAAAUUUGUAAAAUUUCCAAUCAAAAAAUAAACUAGUAGCUCGCCAUUGUUGAUGUCAAUACUUACACCAUGCUCACUAAUCGUGCUGAAACCCAUAAAAUCAGUUGGACCCAAGCGCCAGCAGAGGGCGACAAAACGCCAAAAACAAGUAACAAGCGGACGUUACACUGUGCUGUCAAUUUAAUCUGUUUGAGCGGGGCAUGUGCAUUAAUUGUGUCAAAUAUUUUAACGUGACUAAUUUUAAAAAAUAAUUACCGCCCGUCAACGCGAUCAUUUUGACAGCCCUAAUAUAUAGCAUAUAUUAAAAAUUUGAUACUUUUCACCCGAUUCGGAUCCUCUAAAAAAUCGUCUGAUCGGCCCGAUUUCCGAUCACGUGAUCGGAUCGGUACAUCCCUAGGUAUGACUAUUACUGGUGUGUAUACUAUUUUUCAGUGUACUCUAAUACAGUAUUAAAUCUCAUGCUAAAUUGCAAUUAAAAAUUUUACUCUGUAAUGAAGGUGACAAAUUGUGCACAAGUACAGCACGUUAGGCCGUCAGCUCGUUAUCUCUGUGCUAAUUAACAUACAUGCAAGCGAGCUUACAUGAUGUUGUCACGCCAUAACUAUGCGUAUUUAUGCGUGUGAGUCACAAGUGGAAUUCCUACCUCGGAGCAGCUGUCAAUCAAAUCGCAACUUGUUUACACAACAGUACAUCCCAACACGUAAAGUGCACUCAUUCAGCAUUAAAAAUGCGACUAUUCUGCUGGUCCCUGGAUGACAUCAUCCUAGAAAGUAUUUCCUCCUGCUCUGUGGUUGCCACGGAGACCACUGGCUGGUUAACAAUGGGCGCAGACUGAAAGACCUAUUAGUCACAUCGUUGCUAAUCCUGACAUUGAGGCUGUCUGUAAGGAGAUCUUUAUCCUGUCGUGUAUGCAAGUGAAAAAAUAUGAGUCAAUAUUUACGUGAGCAAAAUAAGAGUUGUGGGAGUUCAUCCUGAACGAUAUCCCAGAUUGACCCCCGCUAAUGAGACCGCGAACAUGCAUCGGGGCUUGUUGUCACGGUGACAAUUAACAGGGAGAUUGAUGGCCAAUGAGGUAAAGAAGUGAGAGGACCAGAUAGUCAGGUCUCAUUCUUGUUUCCUUUAUACUCCCUCUUCCUCCGCCUCCUCUUCUUCUUCCUCCUCUUCCUCACUCGCUGCCUCGGCGGGCCCGAAAGCAGGCGCCGUCCCGCCUGCUUGCGAGGGGAUGUGGAAGAAAAAGCUGCGGAUCAGCAGGGCUCGAGCUGCGGUUCUGGCUGAGAAGACCGAAGUGUUGAGCGAUGACCUCCUGCAGGCGGAGAAGCGUCUGGAGCUGGUCAAGCAGGUGUCGCACAGCACCCACAAAAAGUUGACGGCGUGUCUGCAGAGCCAGCAAGGGGUGGAGGUGGACAAGAAGUCUGUCAGAUCUCCCCUGAAGAAGCUUCCUCUCGCAAUGCUCGCGCAAUGUAUGGAAGAAGGUGCAGCCGUGCUGGGGGACGAGACCAUGUUAGGGAAGAUGCUGAAGCUGUGCGGCGAGACGCAGGACAAACUUUCCCAGGAACUCAUUUUGUUCGAAGUCACUAUCGAGAAGGACGUCAUGGACCCGUUGUAUGAUCUCUCUGAGGUGGAAAUCCCAAACAUCCAGAAACAAAGGAAACAUUUAGCCAAACUGGUCCUGGACAUGGACUCUGCGCGUACAAGGUAUUAUCAGUCCAGCAAGUCGUCGGGCCUGUCUAGCAACUUGCAGUCCAGCGGUGCUAAGGCAGACCACCUUAGAGAGGAAAUGGAGGAGGCCGCCAACAGAAUGGAGAUCUGUCGGGACCAGUUGUCCGCAGACAUGUACAGCUCCAUAGCCCGAGAACUCGACUAUGCAAGCUACUUCCAGACGCUAAUUGAAGUCCAGGCUGAGUACCACAGGAAGUCACUGGAGCUGCUACAGAACAUUCUGCCUCAGAUUAAAGCUCAUCAGGAGUCGUGGGCAGAAAAGCCUUGCUACGGGAAGCCACUGGAAGAGCACUUAGAGCUCAGUGGGAGAGAUAUUGCUUUCCCCAUCGAAGCUUGUGUCACCAUGCUGCUGGAGUGCGGCAUGCAAGAGGAGGGUUUGUUCCGAGUGGCUCCGUCUGCCUCGAAGCUGAAGAAACUCAAGGCGUCUUUAGACUGCGGCGUGCUGGACGUUCAGGAGUACUCUGCCGACCCACACGCCAUCGCGGGAGCUUUGAAAUCUUACCUGCGCGAGCUCCCCGAGCCCCUCAUGACAUAUGAGCUUUAUAACGACUGGAUUCAGGCCUCAAACAUCCCGGACCAGGACAAGAGGCUUCAGGCUCUCCGUGGCGCUUGUGACAAAUUGCCGCCGGCCAACAACAACAAUUUCAGAUAUCUGAUUAAGUUUCUGUCCAAGCUGACGGAAUACCAGGACGUGAACAAGAUGACUCCUGGGAAUAUUGCCAUUGUGCUGGGGCCCAACCUGUUGUGGACGCAUAGCGACGGGAACAUCACAGAGAUGAUGACCACAGUGUCCCUGCAGAUCGUCGGUAUUAUCGAGCCGAUCAUCCAGCAUGCCGACUGGUUCUUCCCUGGAGAAAUCGAGUUCAACGUGACGGGCAACUACGGCAGUCCCGUGCACGCCAACCAUAACGCCAACUACAGUUCCAUGCCAUCUCCCGACAUGGAGCAGAUGGAGAGGCGGCAGAACGAGCAGAGUCGAAGGCCGCUCAGCGUCGCCACCGACAACAUGAUGCUGGAGUUUUACAAGAAAGACGGCAUCAGGAAGAUACAGAGCAUGGGUGUCAGGGUGAUGGACACUUCAUGGGUGUCCCGCAGGGGCUCAUCGUCCUCACGUAAAACCUCCACACCGCCCGCAGACGCGGUUGUCCCCGAGCAGUCCGGGGACCCUUUGGGGUCCCCCUCCCCCACCCCUUCUUCCACUAACAGCGAGCGAGCCAGCCCCCGCAUGUUUCACAGCUUCACCUUCCAUUGUCGCAAGGCUCUGCAGUGGACGAGCUCGGAUGACCCGUCGGACUCCUGUAACACCCGCCCCUCCCCCGAGGAGGAGAGGCCGCCCCCCCCUUACCCCUCUUCCUCACCCUUCUCGCUCCCUCCCCGACACUUCCACACCCGAGCACCACCCGGUAUGCGCCCGCUCUCCCGCAGUCCCGAAUGCGUGCCCACCGGGCCAGUGGUCGUCCCUCGCCGCACGGGUUACAGCCCCCCUCCGUUCCUCCACUCCCUAUGUCCAUCCCCUCAGCCCCUCGACAUCAAUUCCAACCCCCGAGCCCAAAAUUCCUCACUCUCAACCAAGCAAGCCUCCCCGUCCGAGCCCCCGCAUGCCGACACCAACGGCUCUUCCCUUUACAUAAAACCCCCACUCGUUCUUACUCGCCACGAUCUUUUCCCGGGCACCCCACUAUCCGUCCCCCCUUCUUGGGCCACCUGUAGCCGAGAGAGAGGACGCAAGGCCGCUAGCACUCUGAAGAACAAGGAACUGUCUCCAGUGAUCGGGCAGAAAGGAUUCCAGGCGACGCUGACUUGCGGCAGCCCGUCAGAGCACAGCCCGCAUACACUGAGGAGAGCAAAGAAGCUGGCUCCAAUCCCACCUAAAGUUCCCUACAGCCAGACGGGGGCCGUGUCGGAGCCGUCCACGGGGCAGCCGUCUCCGGUCAGCCUGUCGCCAACGCCCCCCAGCACGCCGUCGCCGUACGGUUUCGGUUACCCGCAGGGUUACGCCACCGUUGGUUCGAUGGGACACGUCCAGACGGCCGGCGCGCCGUCUCUGUCCUCGCCGCCCUCGCUGGGAGGGACACUCACAAAGGCGCGGCCCACUCCCAAGCCACCCCGGCAGAGGCCCAGCUUGCCUCCCCCGCAGCCGCCCUCCACCCCCGGUACCAGCCCUCAGCCGCUGGAGAACUCGUCCGGCUUGCUGGAUGGGUUGUCACCUGGAGAGAGCAUGUCCACAGAUUCCUUCUGCAACCUCGACAUUCCCAUCAUCAACAUGGAGCUGGACGGCCUUCUGGAUUUGGCGCACAUCUCCCACCUCAGGCACUCGGUGGCACUGCUGGACUCGAGCCGCCUCAGAGCCGCCGAGUCGGAGAAGGGGGAGGAUUCGGAGAGCACGGUGCUAUGACGCCCCCUCAGCCCCCAUCCCGCCACCCCACUGAUGCAUUUAUGCAUUCGGAUUGUUCCAUUUUUAGUUUGCGUUUGCCUUAUUUGAUGCCUUGAACGCCACACGCCAGACAGAAAAACACACAAGCGGAGGCAGGAUUCAGUGCCGCCACCUCUUUCAAAAGUAAUAACCACAAUCUUUGCAUGGACAGUGUGCACUUUGUGUAUGACUGUGUGUGUUUGGUCCGUGUAUCAUCAACCAACAUACACGUUGUACAUACUUUGCUGAAUAACUAACAAAAAAAAAAAAACACAAAAGAAAUUCUCAAUGGUAGACAUUAAUUUACUGAAAACUAUUUAUUGUCUAUACUGUACAUUUGCAGAUUUUAUGAUUCCCAAUCCAACAUCAGAUCGUAUUUUAUAUGAACAGGAGAGAAAACAACGCAUCCAUGAUAGAGCCGGGGUGGGCAAACUCCAGAAGCAUUUUUUAAAAAUUGACUUUAUUUAUUAGUUUAUUCUCUUUUGGAAAAUUUACUGUACGUAAUUUAUUUUGUUAAACAAUCACUAUAAAUUCCACACUGUAGUGCGUACCUCCCAAAUUUACAAAAAUAAAAGGGUCAAAAUACACGUGUAUAUACCGCGCGAGUGUCCACAUUUUGAUAUGGUUUAUUUCUAUAUACUGAAUUUUUUGAUUCAUCAAAAAUGUUUUAACCAAAUUAACAUGAACACGUCAAGUUUCAUCCUCCCUAUUUAUGCAGCUACCCAUCACAGGCGGUCUGAAAGCACAAAAGCAACAAAAUGUAAUCCAUUUUACCUUGACGUCUUAGCUUGCAGCAGACUGAGUCCCCUUUAAAUCACUUUAACGCUUGAUGAAGUGGACUAAUAUUGUCAUCACUAGCAUAACAGUUCCAUCGUAUCACACUGUUGCUAUCUCUUUUAAAAUCUGUCUAACCAUCCAUGGCCUGCUUUAAAGUGUUCUUCUGUAAUGGCACCAAACAUGAGAUGGAGCCUUUGCCGCCAGUUAAACACCCCUCAAUGCUAUAUAAAAAUGGCUAGCCAUCUGUUGAUGCUAACAUAGCAGCUUCUCAUAGCAGACAGUGGCUAUUUGUCCUUUUAACUCUUUCACCACCCACGGUUAGCCUUAAAUCUUUCAUCGAUAAACUUGCGAGAGUCUUUGAUGAAGUGCGAGAAAGCGGCUGGCUAGCUUUAUCGUCACUAGGAAGCAAGAGCAAUGACGUGGUAAACUGUGGGUAUGAAUAUGUACUGUACAGCCAUCCUUUGUCAACCUUAAAUUGUUCUUCCGUAGUGGCACCAGAGGUGGGUAGUAACUCCAUCUACUCUGUUAGUUUUUGAGAAAAAUGUACUUUUAACAGCAGUUUUACCAAGCCACAUUUUUUUACUUGAGUACAUUUGUGAAGAUGAAACCCUACUCUUACUCUGCUACCUUGGGCUACACUAGAGUCGUUACAUUUUUCAUCAUUAUUCUACAUAUUGACUUUAUUUUUGCCUGAGAUGCCGAGAGUGGCUCGAACAGUUUCACCAAUGAGAUGUCACAGCAAUAAUCACAUGACUUCAUUAUACAAAUCAGACAUAACAAUUCAGUCGCAUGGCCAGACGCAGGUUUGCAGUCAGAAGUCAUACAAUCAUGCCGGCCUGUUCAAUCAUGUGGCGUCUUUAAAGUGCCAUAAACUAUUUGACAUAGAUCAACAUUACACGAAAGUGCGGAUUUGUUUAAAACUUUCUCCAGGUUUUUAUUUGGCAGCGAUUUAUUUGACACCGAUGGAUUCGUUUUCAAAUCAUGGUAGGAAAUUUUUUCUCCACUAGAGGGCACGCUUGCUCUUUAAACUGGGUAAUGUUUCUUUUUCUAGUUUGAAUCUGAUUUUUUUUUUUUUUUUUUCCAUUUUUGGGGGCCUAAUAAGGUCAUGAAAUAGGUUAUUAUAAAGUAUAAUAAUAACAGUUCAUAUAGAUAAUGUUGUGCUGAAGAAAAAAUACCAUUGCUUAUAAAAAUAUCACGCUGUAAGAAGAGUUACUCACAAAGUUACUCAUUACUUGAGUAUUCUUUUCACCAGAUACUUUUUUACUUGUACUGAAAUACUUUUUUUGGAAGACUACUUUAUUUGAAUAAUAUUUUUUAAAGUAAAGCUACUCUUACUCGAGUAAAAAGUUUGGCUACUCUACCCACCUCAGAGUCGCACCAAGGGUCUGGUCUUGACAACAAAUCGGCAUGUACAGUGAUCCCUCGCUACUUUGCGCCCUCAGUGGAUCGCAGAUUUUUUAGAAGAAAUAAAUAAUUAUAAUAAUACAGAUAAGAUGUCCACAGCCGAUCGAGCCGUCUCCCUCUCGCUCCCUCCCACUCCCUGCUCUUGGUUCAUUAGGCGGGCAGUGCACGUGCACUGGAGUUGUUUAUUAAAGUUAACGAUGAUGAAUGUGUUUGAUCUUUCCAGAGUCACGAACUUCUGAAGCGCCGGAUGUGUCAAUCAUCGUUUGUUAAACAGUUGCUGUGGCAACUCAUUGUGUGUAAGUGAGUGGAUUUGAGUAGACUCACUCAGUGAAGCAUUUAAUAAAGCCAAGCAUUUUUCUACUACUUUUUUUCUUGUUUAAAAAUAAUUCAGUGGGUUAACAUGUUUAAAACUUAUCAUAAUUACUGUAUUAGAUUUGAAGUGCUUAAUUUUUUAAAAAUUAAAAUACAUAUACAUUUUUAUAUUGUACGUACUUUGGGAAAAAAGUGAAAAACUUGUCUUAUAUGUAUCUCUUUCCAAUGCUAAAGCUGAAUAAAUACAUUGAACACAAAAAAAUUAAUUUGGGGGGGGGGGCUACUUCGCGGUUUUUCACUUAUUGCAGCGAGUUCUGGUCUUUAUUAACCGCGAAAAACGAGGGAUCACUGUACCUGUAAAUAACUUGACUUUAAAAAACUCUCUGGAAUGCUCAACAAUGUUUUCUUGAUAACAACUUUUGUUGGACAAUGGAAUGCUAGCAGCUGGAGACUGAAUGGAACUCCAAUAUGACACUCCGGGACGGCAAUUAAAAUCAGAUGAAUGAAAAUGUUCACUUUUCAAAGGAGAAAAAAAAAAAAUGACGCUCGAUUACCAGCAAAUUUCAGUAAAUGAUCUGCUUUGUCAUAAAAGCCGCAGGGGGAGACAAAAAAAGUAGCUACAAGCGCCGAAAAAUACUGUAUUGAAUAAUAUAAAUACAAGUUGAAUGUACGGUUUAUGUGCAAUUGUGGUUUUGAUAAAUUAAGUAACCUAUUAUUUAUUUUUAGAAUUUCUUGUGAAAAAAAAAAAAAAAUAAUAAUAAUAAUAAUAAUACAACGAAUAUAACAGGACAAUUGAAUGUCCCCUCUGAGAGUCAGGAUUAUCUUUGGAAUCUUGAGAAUGUAAAUGCUCAGUGGUCCUGAUAUAAUAAUACAUAAUUGGUCAUAUUUAGUCCACCGGCCAUACUUUGCCCACCCCUGUUGUUCUAUAGUCAUGACUGAUGACCUUCAAGGUCAUUAUUGAGGUCGUUUAGGUGACUAUGAACGCCAUUCUCUUAUCACUAAGAAUAUGCCUGCUAUUUUCAUGCCAGUUACAAAGGAUGCACUUUUAUUUUUCCCACAUGGAGGCUGGCCACGUGUAUGUGUGAAUAGACGCGCAUGCAUCCAGUUUAUUUUGAGCAGAGUAUUUAUGAUACAGAUACAUUUCUUGCCAACACUUUUUACUUGACACUGGUGGGUGAGGAAAAGCUUUCAAACAUGGGACCAGACAUUCCUCUCGCUUGUCACGUGCAAAAAUGACUCGUGUAAAUACAUUUGUGUACAUAACAUGUUAUGUAUAUAGUGACUUAAAUAUAAAUAUAUAUGUAGAUGUAGAGGUAUAGGAAUAAUGGCUGGGUUGGAAUGAUGAACACAAAGAUAGCUCUCAUGGUUGUCUCCAUUUUUAUGAUUACAGCACUUAUAUCUCACAUGUCUUUUGCUUUACACAUUUAAUCCCUUGGACUGAUUUUCAUAUUUAAUAAUAGCGAAUACACAAACGACACUGAAAAAAAUGCAAUGGACAAGAUGUGACUGGAUUUUUCUUAUUCUACAAAUAAAAGGGACUGAAUAGCCUGAAGUGAUAUCUAAUCGGCAAUGUUUACAAUUUGAACAUUAAAUUAAACCUAAUGUGCAACAAUUCAAUGAAUCAUCUGUUAUGUUGUUUGUGCUUUUGUAAAAGCUUUGCGUUUUUUUGUCAUUACGCCAAAAAUGGCAUUUUUCUACAUGAUUCAUUGGAAUGUAAAUUUAGCAGGUCGUGUGUGUGUUGUGUAAAAGGAGGCGGUAAUAGCAGUGUGUAUGUGUCCUGUGUGAAAGUGUGCCAGCAUGCUUUUUGACCACACUCUUUAAAUGUUCUCAUCUGUGCUGUGUGUGGAUUCAAUUGAAGAUGCUUAUAUUCUUAAGGAUAUUUUUUAAAAUGUUCAUUUCUCCCUCAGCGCCUCUCUGAAAGAUGAGCAUGAAGGCUAAAAUCAGUAAGGAAUCAGCUUUGUGUUGUUGCUCAUGUUUACUUUGCUGGAGAUGAGGGCCAAAUGAGUCAAAAUAAUCAGUUGAUGCUGUUGAAUUUGGACACGAAAAGAAAUGUGAACAUCUUGUCUCAAAGUGUGGAGGGGGACGGGAAAGGAUUCAUUGGAAUGUGGCAAAAAAAAAUAAAACGUUUUAUAUGA